GGAGCGACCAAAUAUCAGAUUAAGGAAAGAGAAUGGUGUUACUGCACUUUAUUGCCUGAUGUCUCAUAUAUGAUGAACAGUCAACAAGGUUGGCAAAUCAUGAAUAAUGAUGGAUAUAAAGGUUGAUGGCUUCACAUGCAAAUCAUCAAGCGAAGUAGACGAGACCGACUUCUUCUUCUCCGGCCUUGCCGCUCCGGCAUCCACCGCCAACACCAUGGGCACCGCCGCCACUCCCGCCGACGUCCGGCAGAUCCCAGGCCUCAAUACUCUCUCCAUCUCCAUGUCUCGCCACGACUUCGCACCCGGCGGCGUCAAUCCUCCCCACGUCCAUCCCCGCGCCACCGAGAUCCUCUUCGUUGUCGACGGCGAACUCCUCGUCGGCUUCCUCACCACAUCAAAUAAGCUCUUCACUAAAAUUAUAUCAAAAGGUGAGAUCUUUGUGUUCCCCCGAGGCCUACUGCACUUCCAUUUCAAUAACGGCAGCUCGGCGGCUGCGGCGAUUGCGGCUUUCGACAGCCAGCUCCCGGGAACGCAGCCGGCGGCGGCGGCGCUGUUUGAGGCGGCGCCAGCGGUGCCGGAGAAUGUGCUCGCCGCAGCUUUUAGGAUGGAAUCUGAGUUGGUGGAGAAGAUAAAAGCAGGACUUGCACCCAAUAAUUGAUUCGAAAACUGAGCUCUGGUUGAUUGUAGGAUCUUGUCUAUGGAACUGGGAACUGAUGAUUUCUCAAUGUUUUAAAUAAAAAAAAAUUUGGACAAUUUUUUUAUUGUUUUA